CUUAAGAGUCAUGCCGCGCCCAGAACACAUCACCUGCUCCAUAUAAGAAUGAUACCCCCUUGCAAGUAACCAUUUACCCAAUUUCAGUCUCUGUUCAAUUCCUCCAGAGUCAGCCACGGUGUGCAAUGGCAGCUCGACAUUCCGUUUUCCGCCUCAGGGCAGGCAGGCUGGCUCCAUCUCGACGAUAUGUGUCUACCGCUUCGGCCGCCUCGAAUUUGCCCGAAAGUGUCAAAAGUGCAAUUGAAAGAGAAGCCAUCCUACCCAAUGCAGACCCGGCCGCAGAUUCGCAAACCGCUCGUCUCGUCAACGAGCAGCUUGGCUACAUGGUGCCCACCUACGUCCGCCCUCCACCAAUGUUCCACAAAGGAGAAGGCUGCUAUAUGUGGGAUAUUGAAAAUAGGCGCUACCUCGACUUCACGGCGGGAAUUGCCGUUACUUCGCUCGGACACGCAGAACCCGAAAUAUCAAAGCAGCUAUACCAACAGGCGAAUACGAUCAUCCAUACUUCAAACCUGUACCACAACCCAUGGACCGGCUCAUUGUCGAAGCUAUUGAUCGAAAAGACGCUGGAAUCGGGGGGGAUGCACUCUGCUUCAAGGGUGUUUAUCGCAAACUCCGGGUCCGAGGCUAACGAGGCUGCCAUCAAGUUCGCGAGGAAAGUUGGAAAGACCAUUGACGAGUCCGGGGAAAAGACGGAAAUUGUAUCCUUCCACAACUCGUUCCAUGGCAGGACAAUGGGUUCUUUGUCCGCGACGCCGAACCCGAAGUACCAGAAGCCGUUCGGGCCAAUGGUGCCGGGCUUUAAGUACGGACACUACAACGAUGUCGAGGCUAUUUCCACCCUGGUGAACGAGAAGACAUGUGGUGUGAUCAUCGAACCUAUUCAGGGUGAAGGUGGUGUUAAUGUUGCGUCUGAGGAGUUCUUGAUCGGUCUUGCGAAGCGCUGCCGUGAGGUUGGCGCUGUCUUGAUCUACGACGAGAUUCAGUGCGGUAUGGGCCGAACAGGACAUCUCUGGGCGCAUUCUACGUUACCAAAGGAGGCCCAUCCAGACAUCCUCACCACUGCGAAAGCGCUUGGUAAUGGCAUACCCAUUGGUGCAACUAUCGUCAACGAUCACGUGUCGAGUAAGAUUGUGACGGGCGACCACGGCACGACCUUUGGCGGAAACCCACUCGCGUGUAGGAUUGGUCACUACUGCUUGACGCGACUUUCCGAUCCGGCUCUUCAUAAGGAGGUUCUUGUGAAGGAGCAGAUCUUCAGAAAACACUUCGAAGCUUUGCAGCAGAUGUAUCCCAGCCAAAUCAAGGAGAUACGCGGACGAGGACUCAUCCUUGGCUUACAGCUUAGCGAAGAUCCAACGCCCAUCGUCAACGCGGCCAGGGAGCGAGGGCUGAUGAUAAUUACAUGCGGUACAAACACGUUGCGUUUUGUCCCGCCACUCAUCAUCACGGAGCAAGAAAUCGAACAAGGCAUGCAAAUCUUAAAGCAAGCGAUGGGCGCCGUGUUCAAAUCGUGAAGCCCAGAAUGUAGCGUGCAUGAGAUAGGGCUGAAGCGCAAUACGCAAGGCGCAUGAACAAUAAUCUUGUGACAGGCAUCAGCCCCGAAACUAGUUCGAAGCAUCGGUGUUUUCGGCGCUUUUUUUUAGGGGGGAAAUCGGGAAGUAACAUGAUUGUUCUGAUGUUUAAUAGAUCGUUGUUCUCCGCCCAUCUGAACCGUUUUUUUGGGGCAGGGAUCAGCGUCAGCAUAGACUAGUUGGACAGGCAGAGUGAGAACGAUGCUAGUUCAAUACGCAGACGACAAAGAGCCGCGCAUCGAAAGAAAUCCUUUUGUCAGUCUUGUUGGCAUUUUGUUUCUGGUGGUCGUCGUCGUCGUCUUCGUCGUCAUCAUCGCCGUCGUUGUGGUUUCUGUUUCGACAUCUGCGUGUGGCAGCUCAAAAGUGCAAGAACGACCUUGGUAGCUGCCGUCGCGCAGCAAGUGCUACCAAGGCCUGCCCUAAGCCAACCCAUGCGCGACCCUCGCGUCCCGAUCAGGCAAUCACAACUAACCUGUCACAAGCAAG